GCACUGAUAUACAGCCAUCUUUGUCGCGUAAUUUUUUGAAUUGCUAUUUUCACAUAAAUGUGUUUUAUUUAAGUGUUGCCGUCGAUUUCAAUGGAAAGUUCUGCCAAUCAGCUAUCGCAAACACAUAAAAUUCCAAACAGUAUGCCAGUUAAUGCCUCAGGUAUUGCCCUUUAAAAUUUUCCACACACGCACACACAUCAAUCGUCACAUUCGAACACACACACACACACACACAUCCAUUCAUCGGACAUCGUUUCCAAAAAAAUAAAAAAAAAAACAAAAAAAUCACACACACACACAAGUAGAAAGUAUUCCCGGAUUGUCAGUGAACGCGCCAGAAUUCGUACCCGGAGGAGGAAUGAUGCCCCAAUAUCAUAACGAUUUCGCUGCCGGACCUCCGCCGCAGCAAGCCCCCUACAAUAUUCGCCUUGUGCAGCAACAACAACAACAGCAGCAGAAUCAGCAAUCGUUUCAUCCGCCCUACACACCGUACACGACGCAACAACCGCAUCCCGAAAUUCAGUCGUAUGCGAUGCACGCGAACGGGCCACGAGCUGUCGGUUCUCUCAGUCAACGUCUCAACCAAUUUCACAUUUCGGGAAAUCAGCAAGGAGGCUUUCAUGUACCGCCGCAACAACAAAUGCAAGCGCCUGCCAUGCAUCAUCAUCAAAUGAACGGCGGCGGCGGCGGAAAUAUGAUGUCGCAUCAGCCGCAUCAUCAUCAUCACGGCGGAAAUCGACACAAUAACAUGCGAAAUGGACCCAAUAUGCACGCCGGCGGCGGUUACAACAAUCACCAUCAGCAUCAAAAUGACCAUCGGAAUAACCAGGCAGCUGCUGCGGAUUACGAAGAAGCGCAUCAACCUAGCGAAUCAGAAGACAUUGCCCUCCAAUAUUUGGCUGAAGUGAUAAACAAGCUGGAAGACAAUCCAGGUGCUUUCGAGACGAACCAAAAGAAGCUGAAGGAGAUGUUCUACGAGUUGUCGGGCAAUAAUUUUGUGAUGAGUAACGCGCUCGAGUUGCUGUUUAAGCAAUCCAUUAAAUCACAGAACUUCCGUUACAUUGGCGCACGCAUCUGCAAUUUGCUCGACGAUUUGGAGCCAUCCUCGACGAGUUUAUUCCGGAAUCUUCUGAAAAUGAAGAUGGACUUUGAGAAGCAGGAACUUGUGCCGUUGAUGCAAAACGAGCAAAAUACAGUGCGUGGCACGACGCUUUUCUUGGCCGAAUUGUACAUGCAAUUAAGAAGACCUAAUGAACCCUCAAGAAACAUUGAAAUCGCUGACUUCAUUGUAUAUUCCAUACUUUUGCUCUUACAAAAGACAGGACCUGAAAACCUGAAGUGUGUGUGUCAAACGUUGAAGUUGUGUGGCUUUGAACUGGAUGUCGACUUGGAUAACCGAACCGAACAAAUUAUUCAAAUGUUAGAACCGUACAAGGCAACUGUUGACACAUCUACAGGUCGAUUAAUUCAAUCUGUGGUUGAUUUGCGAGCGAAACGUUGGGGCAGAAAUGAAACGUUCUCUAUGCCAAAUUCCGCUGACAUAACAUCACCCGUGUACAAUGACGGGCCCGUGUUUUAUGGACCCGAUGGACAAGUACUAACGGAAGAAGAGAACUCUUUCCUCACGUCAAACGUACCCACGUACCCGAAUAUCAACUUCGAGGAGCUUGUCGAAGACGACUCCGACGAGUUGGUUGAAGAUGAUGACAACGCGAUCGAUCUCGAGAUUCAACUUGCAUUUAAAGAAUUUGUGCAUAGCAAUAAGAAUGCAGCGGCAGCAGCAGCUGGAAAUGCUAACGCAAACAACGCCAGUAAAAAGUAAUCGUUGAUCAUAACAAACAAACAAAAAAAAAAAAUUAAAAAAAAAUGCAUAGGUGAUAUAAAAAAGUCCCAUUUUACCCCAGUUUUUGUGUGAGUUUAGCGAAAAAGAAGAGAAAAAAUCCAAUUAAGUGAAACUGUUAAAAAAAAAGUCCUAUAAAGAAGAAAAUUAGUAGCGAGUUGAGAUGACGACGACGCAAAAUUGUUGUCACGAAUGAAACGUACGUUAUUUCAUCAGGAAAAAACACAUUAUUAUUAUUACUACUUAUUAAAAAUUUGGAAAGAAAAAAAAAUCAUAUUGCAUAAAAUAAAAGCUUACAAAAAAAAAAAAUAAAAAAAUAAUUGAAAAAAUUUAAAAAGUUGAAAGUUAUCAUUGUAUCAUGCCGAAAAAAGUCAACGAAUGAAACACAAAUUGUAGAAAUAGUUAAUAAAUAUUAGUAG